AGCCAUUUGUAGGAAGGAAAUGUUGUACUGCGUAUUCGUCGUUUAAGUGUUUGUCUAUGUGAAUCACUCUACAUGUGUAUGUGUGAAGCAGGUGUCUGAUCCAGAUGGACCCUGCCGCUACCGCGAGUGCUGUAGUCCGGUUCCUACCAGAGACCGAAUAAAUGCUAACUACAAUAAUUAGUGAGUAGUUUUAAAACGCAUAUGAUUCGAAAGGCAGUGCCUUUCCGCAAAUAGUUGUAUGUGUGGACCAACACCGAAGUUGGUCCUGUGUUCGUCUGUUGUCCCUCGUCAACAUCAGUAUUUUGUACACCGGUGGGGACCGGAUCCACACCCCAACGGUUUCUUUCCAAAAACGGAGUGAAUCAUCCAACUUCAACAACAAUCACUGACCUGCCACUUAAUAAACAACUGACAACGACGACGAAAACGAAAACCCCGACAAUUCCUCCAUUGCUCAUUCGCUGAUGCUACUGCACAUCUGAGUCACCUUCAAAGCCGGUGCGCGUUGCUGAGAUCGCCUGCUUUCCCCCCAACUCUCAGUUCCGCUAAAAAACCAAACAAAAAACCAACCCCGAGAUCCCGUAGCAUCCCCAACCCCCAAAUUUGUAGUAGAGCAUGACAUUGACGGUGUCGGAAUCGGAUAGCAACGGUCUUCGCACUAACCAUAACCAUCACAACAACAACAAUUCGGACAUGACCGAAUCUCUACCAAGUUCUGAACUCUCCCUGCUAGCAAAACUGGAGGCCGCUAACAAACUGAUCGAGAGUGACUCCAAGAGUCUGAAUUCGCUGCAAAGUUCGGCGCACAGCCGCAAAAGCUCCGACACGAGUCAGAUAUCGCUCAACUCGGGGGCGUCCUCGGUCGGCGAGGAGGACAUCUGGUCCACAUGGGCCGGCAUCGUGGCCGACUGGGAGGCGGGCCAGAAGCGGAAGGCCCCCACCGUGAAGGAGUUGGUCCGGAAGGGCAUUCCCCAUCACUUCCGGGCCAUCGUCUGGCAGCUGCUCUGUGGGGCCACCGAAGCGGACAAGAAGCAGUACGCCGAGUACAUUAAGGCGACCAGUGCGUGUGAGAAAGUGAUCCGUAGGGACAUAGCCCGCACCUAUCCGGAGCAUGAUUUCUUCAAGGAAAAGGAUGGGCUGGGGCAGGAGGCACUGUUCAACGUGAUGAAGGCAUACUCGCUUCACGACCGAGAAGUUGGCUACUGCCAGGGGUCCGGGUUCAUCGUCGGAUUGCUGCUGAUGCAGAUGCCGGAAGAGGACGCAUUCUCGGUGCUAGUGCAGAUCAUGCAGCAGUACCGGAUGCGGGACAUGUUCAAACCUUCGAUGGCCGAACUCGGUUUGUGCAUGUACCAGCUGGAGAACAUCGUGCAGGAACAGAUCCCGGAGCUGCAUCUGCACUUCCAGUCCCAGAGUUUCCAAACGUCGAUGUACGCUUCGAGUUGGUUCCUUACGCUUUAUACGACGGCACUCAACUUGACCCUCAGCUGCCGGAUCAUGGACGUGUUCCUCUCUGAGGGGAUGGAAUUUAUCUUCAAGGUUGCGAUUGCGUUGCUGCUGAUCGGAAAGGACACUUUGCUUUCGCUGGAUAUGGAAGCGAUGUUGAAGUACUUCCAAAAAGAGCUUCCACAAAAAGUGGAAAACGAUAGCGACGGUUUGUUCAAUCUCGCAUUCCAGGUGAAAAUUAACACUAAAAAAAUGAAGAAAAUGGAAAAGGAAUACGCCGAUCUGCGGAAAAAGGAACAGGAAGAAAUGGUUGAACUAAGGCGAUUGCGAAGCGAGAAUCGGUUGCUGAAGAAGCGCAACGAGCUGCUGGAGGCCGAGAGUGCUGAGUUGGCCGAUCGUCUCGUUCGCGGUCAAGUGUCCCGGGCAGAAGAGGAGGAAACCAGCUUCAACAUCCAGAACGAGCUGCUCGCUCUCAGACGAGCCCAUCUGGAGGUGUCCCAUCAGCUGGAACAGGCGAACGAGGAAGUUCGCGCGCUCAGCUUGCGACUGCAGGAAAAUAAUGCGGAUAAUUCGCUCGAAUCUGUAAGUGACCAUUGCUUGACUGUUUCACUCCACCUACCUCGUUUAUCAUUCACGAAGCAAAAGCCGCCCAACUGAAAUUUAGUACCUACAAUAGAUUAGGUUACAUUUGCAUGAACAUGUGUUGUAGAACUUACUAUUUGUAGCUUUGAUUCUUGUAAUUUUUUUGCUUUUAAUUGUUUUAAUUAUCGGAACAUUGUGUGAUCUAGCGACCCACAAUCUUCAAAAUAAAAUCUGAAAUGUGUACAAAUUGUUUCAGAUUAUAGUUUACAGAUUCUAUAAACCCAUCAAUUUUUGGUUUUUAAAUUAUUUUUUGAACCACCCUUUUGAAAAAUUCCUGGACAGUCCUAGUGAAAAAUUAUGUUUAAAGUAGAUGUCUUAUUAACGUAAUUUAUUUUCUAAAGCGAUUCUGAAACAUUUCAUAUAAAGCUCCCAGAAUGUCGAUGUUUGAGCAAACAUUUUCUUCGAAUUUAAGGCCUUUUUUCGAUUUUCCCGAUUUUCUAUGCCCCCCCCCCCCCUCUUUGCAUUUUUUUAGAGUCAAAUCUAAAUUUUAAGUGCUUUAAGGCACCCCUUAAUCAAGUCCAAUUGAGCUGAAAUUAUGUACAGGUCAGUUUUUUUUGGCCAGUAUAAAAAAUAUACAUGGUCGGUUUUCGUAAUACAUAGUGAAUAUAGAACAAAUUUGCACAAAUAUAGAAGUUUUUACGUUAAGCACAACCAGUAAAUCAUAACUUGAAGAAGCAUUUCGAGUAAUCGGAAAUCUUUAACAAGAGUUCGGUAAUUUGUUUUACCAACUAUUAUUAUUUGGUAAAAAUUUACCGAACGUGUGGUGCUUCAAAUGCUGAAUCGAUAUUUUUGAGGUUUUUUUUUUGUAUGAGCAAAUCCUCUGCGACCAAUUUAUUUGAUCUAUUGUGGAGUAACCCUAUUUACUAUUUGUCUGAUUAGGUCGUACUGUUAUCAUUAAUUGAGAUGUCAGUUGUAGACGAAAUCAAGACAUAAUUCCAGUUUGGGAUGGUGUUUCUUAUGAAUCCCACCACCUUACUGGCCUUCAUCUUCCAAAUAUCAUCGGGCGUUAGGAUUCGCUUACCAAAAACUUUUAGUCGAUGUGUCAUAAGAUAUCCACAGUCACACAUUAAGUGCUCUGCAGUUUCUACUUCAGUUUUACAGAAUCGGCACAUAUCAUUACUAAGUUUGCCAAUUUUUUUAAGGUGGUAAUUGCAUGGACAAUGCCCUGUUAAAAGGUCUGUAAAUGUUUUCAGAUCACUUUUCGACAGGCUCAAAGGGUCGCGAGUUUUCUUUGAAUCGGGCUUUAUGAAUCUUUUUGAUUGCCUAGCACCAAUAGCUACAAGCCAUUUGAAUUUUAUUUUUAAGUUUUCCCAAGUUUCUAGUUCAUUGUUAAGUGCACAAGUUGAUACUCCUCAGAAAGGUUCCGGCCCGGUCAUUGGCCCUUCCGAUCCUCUCCGGUAAGGUUCUAUAAAUAUUGGAAUAUUUCGAUAAUAACUAUCGAGCACCCACAUUUUUCGGUGAAUCUUAUUGGCAGAUUGACAAUUGCAACUUUGCACAGUUACAGGUCAUAAGAAUACCGAAAGGGGUAAAAGUGCCAAAAUUGAAAAAAAAAAACUAAGAUAAGCAUCUAGAACGAAUUCUUGACCGCUUUUUAAAUCAUAAUUUCAUUCAAUUAUUUUCUUGACUGGAGGUUGACAAGACCAGGUCUAUCUUCAUAAAAUUUCUUAACUUACAGUACCAGAGUAAAUUUCUCAUAAAAACAGCAAAAAAAAAAAAAUUAUAAAAAUAUUAAUUGACUCUUGAAGAAAUAAAUAAGGUAUUUAUGUUUUCUUACACAUAUAACAAGAUCAAAACAUCUGAAUGUGAAAAUUUGUUGGUGGCAAAGGGGUUUAAGUGAACUUACUUGGUGAAAAUACGAAUUAAUGCAUGUGUUUGGAACCAAAGGGGUAUAAGUGCCAAAAUUUAAAAAAAAAAUAUAACGCCUCAAUUAACAAGAAAUAAACAUUGUUUUUCUGGAAAAUGUUGUAAAAUGCUUUGUUUUCAUUGAGAAGAUCAUUCUCGUGGAAAAAUUUCUUAAUAAUAAAUGGAAUUUACUGAAACACAACGAAGUUCAAGUGCUUUUUUUUCUCGAAAUCAGCAUUUAUGCACUUAUACCCCUUUGGCUUCAAGGGCCUCAUAUGCUCAAAAUUCGAUAAGAAUACAACUUUCCGUGGUUUACUGGAUUGAUCCAAUUUUCUAUAAAAAAAAAACAAAAUUUACGAAGUAACUUAAAAUUAUGUAAGGUACACCGGGGUAAGUGUGGUCUAACCACCUCGCUCGUUGCGCCCCCGCUCGUCUUGUUCCUACCGGAUUCGUAGCGAACACCUGUUUUGCAGGACAGUCGUCCGGCAUUCUCGCAACAUGUCCCGCCCAGCGUAUCCGGCCAGCCUUCACCACCUUCUGGAUACUGGGUUCGCCGUAGAGGCGCGCGAGCUCGUGGUUCAUCCUUCGCCUCCACACUCCGUUCUCCUGUACGCCGCCAAAGAUGGUUCUUAACACUCGUCGCUCGAAUACUCCGAGUGUACGCAGGUCCUCCUCGAGCAAUAUCCAUGUCUCGUGCCCGUAGAGAACAACCGGUCUAAUGAGCGUCAUAUACAGGUUACACUUCGUGCGAGGGCUAAGUCUUCUCGACCGCAGUUGCUUGUGGAGUCCAUAGUAGGCACGACUUCCGCUGAUAAUUCGCCUCCGGAUCUCACGGCUGGUGUCAUUGUCUGCGGUCACCAGUGAGCCGAGAUAGACAAAGUCUUCGACUAUCUCCAGCUCGUCGCCGUCGAUCGUGACCUUGUUAUUACUGGACAAGCGGGUUCGG